CUCGAGGAGCAAUCACGUCUGAACUAUUGAACGGUCUUACCUGUGGUCUGCUCCUCCUCACGUGCUCUCAUUGAUGAAAUCCUGGUGAUCGAGACGGAGAUUUGGUCCUCCUUUUUCCACAUACAUUGCUGAGAAGCCUCUCACAAUGGUGGGCAAAAAAUCAGGCCGCGCGCUCUUGCGCGAAGAGGGGCUACAAAGAACCGACAACAACAUGGACUUAACAUCAUGGCCGCAAGUUGGCAUGAUCAACCAGAAGAACUACUACACUGAGUUCUUGAAACGCGAUGAUCAGGUUCUGGCACUUCGUUUACAACAAGAGGAGCGGCUUGACCGCCGAAAGAAAGCAGCCGUCGACCUUGACCGGGCUCGAGCACAGAACGGUCAAGAAGGACCUUUUCCAGACGCGGAUCCAGAUCUCGAUGAGGACGAUUCCAUGGAAGAUGUGGACGGCGAGAAUUACGGCUCGAAGACCAUUAUCAUUCACGUCGGCAGCCAGAACCUGCGUUUGGGAUUCGCUACAGAUGCCUUGCCCAAGACCGUGCCAAUGGUCAUUGCCCGCAGAGCUGAUCACACAGAAGCAGAGGAUUCCGAGCCCGUGCCCAAGAGGAUCAAACUUGAUGAGGAUGCACCUUCGGAAACAUGGUUUGGUGAAGACUUUGCAAAGGAGUACGAGACCAUGGCCGCAAACUUCAAACAAUUGCGGCGGCAGAACAAGCGUCGAGUCUUGCCAAACUCCCGCGAGCUGGUCACAAAGUGGAACAGCGUGACCCAGCCGGAGCUCAUCUCGGAGCACAACGACCCUCUACGGAUAGACUGGACGGAACUGCCACCCAAAGCUGCCGAUGCUCCCAAUUACGUUGUCGGCGAGGCUGCUCUUCGCAUUCCAGAGAAGUCAAGACCAAAGUAUCGCCUCAAGUGGCCCGUUCGACAUGGAUGGCUGAAUGAAAAAGACUAUCCCAGCCGAACGACACUCCUUCGCGACUUUUUUCUGAUCAUCGAGGAAAGCAUCAAGACCCAACUCGACGUACCGAACAAAAAGGACUGGAAUCAAUACAGUUGCGUCUUCCUCAUCCCAGAUCUAUACGAGAAGACACUGGUAGCCACAGUCCUUCAGGAACUCAUCCGUGACUUUGGGUUUUCACGCGUCUGUUUCAUGCAGGAGUCACUUGCUGCAACUUUUGGUGCCGGAUUCAGUACGGCAUGUAUAGUCGACAUGGGUGCGCAAAAAACGACAGUGUGCUGCAUCGAGGAUGGCAUGUGCUUUGAGGAGUCGCGAAUAAACCUGAAAUACGGAGGCUACGAUGUGACGGAAACAUUCGUCAAGAUGAUGCUGUACGACCGCUUCAACUACGAUGACAUCAAUCUCAUGCGAAGACACGAUUUCCUGCUUGCCGAGGAAUUGAAGGAGAGAUUUACGACUCUUCAGGAUGACAACAUCAGCGUCCAGCUGUACGACUUCCACCUUCGCGCACACGGUCAGGAAACGAGAAAGUAUCAGUUCAAGCUGUACGACGAAGGAUUUCUGGCCCCGCAAGGAUACUUCAAGCCGGAAAUCUUCUCCAACGAAGAGAAACUCGCAGGACGACGCAAGCUCAUUGGGAGAUCGCUAGAUCUGUAUGACGGAUCACCGAAUGAUCCCAUGUCUGCCGCUCAGAAAGCUGUGUACAAUCAUGUCCAGAAGAGCAUUCCCUCUGCUGUAUUGGACGCACCAGCGAAACCCGCAAGUCUCCUUGCAACACCUCUAGCCGCUGCAACACCGAGCAAACAUCGACCACUCGCCAUUCCAAGUCAUCUGAACGGCGAAAAUGAGGCAACGCCUCGAUCAUCAGUCGCCGGAUCGCCGCCUCCCGAUGAUGCCGGCACGCCUGCUCCCAACGGAGAGGGAGCGAACGGCAGCGAAGAUGCGGACCAGAUUGCCGGCGUCUACGACCUGUCCGAGCGAAUCAUCCCAAUCAUGAGCUUGCACGAUGCCAUCAUAACCUCCAUCGAACAUGCGAGCAACGGCGACGAACGCAAGAGGCGGGACUUCCUCGGCAGCAUCAUGCUCACAGGCGGUGCAUCCAAGACACCGAAUUUGCAGAGUCAUCUAGAGCUCCAACUACGCGCCGCGAUGCCGCAGUAUCCCAAGGAAAUUUUGGUCGCUCCGCCGCCUCGAGAUCUGGAUCCAUCUGUCAUCGCCUGGAAAGGCGGGAGUGUUUUCGGUAAGCUGAGGAUGACCAACGACAGCUGGAUCUCAGGUCUGGAGUAUGAUCGGUUGGGCAGCAGGAUUUUGAAUUACAAGUGCAUGUGGCACUGGUAG